GCAGUUCCGCCGCGGCCUACCCCCUCCCCGCCCCGGCCAGACCGGAGCAGCCGCGCGGGUCCUCGAAGUGACCGGGCCGCCUACAGCUCUCGCGCUCACUGCCAGGCCAGCGGCGCGCUCGGCCCCGAGCUUCCCUCCCCUGGGCCGCCCGCGCCUCCGCCACCAUGCUGCGCUGGCUGCGGGGCUUCGCCCUGCCCGCGGCGGCCUGCCAGGACGCGCAGUCGCCCACGCGCUACGAGACUCUCUUCCAGCAGCUGGACCGCAACCGGGACGGGGUGGUGGACAUCGCCGAGCUGCAGGAGGGCCUCAAGAGCCUGGGCAUCCCCCUGGGCCAGGCCGCUGAGGAGAAAAUUUUCGCUACUGGAGAUAUCAACAAAGAUGGGAAGCUGGAUUUUGAAGAAUUUAUGAAGUACCUUAAAGACCAUGAGAAAAAAAUGAAAUUGGCCUUUAAGAGUUUGGACAAAAAUAAUGAUGGGAAAAUUGAGGCUUCAGAAAUUGUCCAGUCUCUCCAGACACUGGGUCUAACUAUUUCUGAAAAACAAGCAGAGUUGAUUCUUCAGAGCAUUGACGCUGAUGGGACGAUGACCGUGGACUGGAAUGAAUGGAGGGACUACUUCUUAUUUAAUCCCGCUACAGACAUUGAGGAAAUUAUCCGUUUCUGGAAACAUUCUACUGGAAUUGAUAUAGGGGAUAGUUUAACUAUUCCAGAUGAAUUCACAGAAGAUGAAAAAAUAUCUGGACAGUGGUGGAGGCAGCUUUUGGCAGGAGGUGUUGCUGGUGCUGUCUCUCGAACAAGCACUGCCCCUUUGGAUCGUCUGAAAGUCAUGAUGCAGGUUCAUGGUUCAAAAUCAAACAAAAUGAACUUAGUUGGUGGCUUUCAACAGAUGGUGAAGGAAGGAGGUAUCCGUUCCCUUUGGAGAGGAAAUGGUACAAAUGUCAUUAAAAUUGCUCCCGAGACUGCUGUUAAGUUCUGGGCAUAUGAACAGUACAAGAAGUUGCUUACUGAGGAGGGACAAAAGGUAGGGACCUUCGAGAGAUUUAUUUCGGGUUCCAUGGCUGGAGCAACUGCACAGACUUUUAUUUAUCCCAUGGAGGUUAUAAAAACAAGGCUGGCUGUAGGCAAAACUGGACAAUACUCUGGAAUGUUUAACUGUGCCAAGAAGAUUUUGAAACAUGAAGGCUUGGGAGCUUUUUACAAAGGUUAUAUUCCCAACUUAUUAGGCAUCAUACCUUAUGCAGGCAUAGAUCUUGCUGUGUAUGAGCUCUUGAAGUCCCACUGGCUAGAUAAUUUUGCGAAGGACACUGUAAACCCUGGAGUCAUGGUGUUGCUGGGCUGUGGUGCCUUAUCCAGCACCUGUGGUCAGCUGGCCAGCUACCCCCUGGCUUUGGUGAGAACUCGCAUGCAGGCUCAAGCCAUGUUAGAGGGAACCCCACAGCUGAACAUGGUUGGCCUCUUCCGACGAAUAAUUUCCAAAGAAGGAGUAAGAGGACUUUACAGAGGCAUCACCCCGAACUUCAUGAAGGUGCUCCCUGCUGUUGGCAUCAGUUACGUGGUUUAUGAAAAUAUGAAGCAAACUUUAGGAGUAGCCCAGAAAUGACAUGUUGAAUUUUUUGCUUUAGUGUGAUUAUUGAAAUUCUCAACAAUUUCUGGAGUUAGUUUUUCUCCUAGAAUUGCAGCAAGUCCAUGGCAAAAAAAAGCUGUAUUUUUUCAUAAAAGGGAAGAGCAUGUCAAUGAUCACUUCAGAUAUUUUGGCUUGAAUUUUAUAUAUACAGAAUUGCUUAAAAUCAUAGUUUUGCUAAUUUCAUACAAUUUAAAAAGCCACAAAAUUGUAUUUACCUUUCUUAUUAAUCCUUCCUGCAAAUAUCUGCCCUGAAUCCUAAAUCUGAAAAAUGUAUUUGCUUGAACCAAAUUUGUUUGGUGUGGUAGAAUUAUAAAUCAUUAAUCUUUAUUUUGGUUGGUCCAAGUUUCUACUUAAGCGUCUUUUUCUUAAAAACAAAACAAUCAGAAAGCCUUGAGACUUAAAUUAUUUUUUAAUAUCUUUAUAGACUUUAAAAAAAUUUCCUCAUAAAACCAUAAAUAGAAAAUCAUUGUAUUGAAACAUCCUUUACAGCACCCAAAUCAGUAUAGAGUUUAUAUCAUUGUCUUUUGUUAAGCAGAAUAGGAAUGAACUUAAAGGGCAGAAUUUCAAGUCAUGUGAAUACCUCGUUCAUUCAUAUUAUUUUUGUGUAAGGAGGAGUGAGGAGAUAAUAUUUAUUUCAGUGGGCACUUGUCCAUUUUACUUGCACCAUUAUUUGGCUCCUGGAAUCACACUCUGAUUAAAUGUCAGUAUGUUAAUGCUACGUUAUCAGCACAGAACAACGUACUUGAAAGAUUCUGUUUAUUCUGUGAUUGCUUUGAAAAGCAGCAGGAACCAAAACUCUUUUGUUUAUAUCAGCUUCUGAGGAGUAUCUCUCUUUUGUUUGUCCUUUGUCAUCUGCUGCUUGACUGAUAUUCCAUUCUAAUCAGAAGGCUUGUUGGGACCAUUCUUGCAAAUCUAAAACUUUCCUGUCUUAAUGACAUGAAGCGGUUUGAUCAUGGACAAGUGACAUUCUUAUUUUCCUCUCCCUGUUGGAUUUCUUUGAUCCUACCAUUCUCAAUUUGGGCAGCAUAAACUUGAGAGAAUAGUACAUAUUAACAGUCAUAUGUAUUAAUCUUAUACAUUAGAUACCCCUAUUUAAAUGAAAGGCCUAAUUUAUAAACAUGUACAUUCAUAUUUCCUCUUGCUCCAAUUCUUAGGAACAUGCUAUGAUAUAGAAAACUUAAUUUAUAAUAUUGAUAGCAUUUCUUUUUUUACUAAAGCAAUUUUUAUAGUCAACUACCUUCUCUGAAAUUUGUGUGAUUAGGACUUAGAAAAAUAUUUGUUAGCUGAAGGUAUUCAGUCCCUCAAACUAAGGCAAGUUUGAUUUCUAAUUAUUUCUGUUACACAUUAUCAAUAUUUUAUUGAAAAUCCAGAGACACAUAGGCGUUUACUUUAUUGAACCUACCUCUUAAUUUUCUGAACCGAAGAGAAAAGUUGGACUUCUGUUUAUGAAGCAUAUUCUGAAAUAGUUUUCAUCUACAUUAGUUAUUCCUGAGAAAUGUCUCAGUAUUUUUAUAAUUCAUACAGUAAGCAUGGGACUUUACUGUCUUCAGGGUUGCUUUGUACUUUUGAGUAAUACAUAUAUGCCAGUAUAAGAUACAUAAUUAGCUGUUUCUUUUUUUACUCAUAAAAAUGAUGGAAAGGAAUAAUUUUGCUAAUGAUUUCAAAAUUUCAAGCUGCUGAAAAAUAUGAAACUAUUCAUUGUUCAUUAUGAAUUUGUAUUUAAAAUUUGUAAAGUGUGAAUGUGAUUUAUCUGUGCAUCUUGUAUUUUUCGAAAAAUGAUCUUGUAUGUUUUGAAAAAAAAACCCGGAGUUGAAGAUAGUUUCUUUCUGGCGUUACUACUACAUGUUUACGCUUCGUUUAUAUUAAAACAACAACUGUAUUUGUUUUUAAA